AUUCAUGCGGUAACAAAAAACUUUGUUUGCCAACGUGGCAAGCCUCGGUACGCGGUCAAAUCAUAAGGAUCUAUUUACCAAGAUGGCUAGUUUUAAGAGCCUUCUAAGACACACUACUGCUAUGAUAUGGUCUAUUCUAGUACUAGUUUUAAUGCUCAGUUUCCUUGAAGUUCAAGCUGCAGAGCUGACGUUUGAACUACCCGACCGAGCUAAGAUGUGCUUCUAUGAAGAGAUCCAGAGCGGCACAGCAUGUGCACUAGAAUAUCAAGUGAUUUCAGGGGGGAAUUACGAUGUAGAUGCCGUAUUAUAUGGCCCGAAUGAGAAAAUUCUCUACCAAGCACAACGAAAACAAUACGACUCCGUUGACUUCACAGCUGACGUUGCCGGUGAAUACUACUUCUGUUUCAGUAACGAAUUCUCAAGUUUCACUCACAAGCUGGUAUAUUUUGACAUAAUGGUAGGAGAAGAGCCGCCACUAACUGAAGAAAUGGGAAGACAUCACACGGCACUCACACAACUUGAGAUGUCGACGGUACGGAUUCACGAAGGGUUAAAAAUAGUCCGAGAUUAUCAGACCCAUCAUCGAUUAAGGGAGAUGGCCGGACGAGAUAUGGCGGAGUUCUUGGGAGAGAGAGUUCAAUACUGGUCGUUAGGAGAGACUGGUGUUUUUGUGUUCAUAGGUCUUACAACAAUUUUUAUUCUUAGGAGGUUUUUCGCGGAUAAGAGAAGUGCAAUUUAAUCAUAGUUAGUUUAUAGCUAGUAGGUUAUUGAUAUUAUUAUUGUUAUAUUCACACGGAAAAUAAUCACCCCAGUGUGUCAUGCAUUCAUUAGUGUAAAUGUAUACUUUAAUUAUACAUCGACUUCUACGUACGUA